AUGGAUUUUGUCGAAAUAAUAGCAGGCUCCUACAAAAUGAUAUUACUUUAUAAUUAUACUAUGAAGAAGCAUUUCCUUCCAGUUGCUUUAAUUUUAAUAGCCGGGGCAUCUGUUUGCGUCGCCAGAAGAAAGAGAGAAAAACCCGAAUUACGUUUCUCAGAUUGCGGGAAAAAUCCACAACGACCGAUAUUUUUCUACGAUUUCAAGGCUAACCCGAUUCCUAUCAUUACACCUGGGACACUGUAUGUCAGCAUGGCGGGAAACAUCUCACACGAUCUCCCGCGAAGGAUUUCUAUAAAACUGGAAGUUAAAAAAUACUUUAUUGGCAUUGCCUUUUUAGUACCGUGCUUUGAUAGUCACAUAGGUUCUUGUACUUACGAUAAUAUUUGUGCGAACUUAGAGACUUUUGAAAGAAGACAGCGCUGUCCGAAACGGUUACGUAAUUUCAAUAUACAAUGUCAUUGUCCAUUCCAAGCUGGCGAGUUUAAUUUUAAAGACCUGGCUCUAAAUAUUCCCAAAAUAGGAGGAUUUGCUGGCGCCUUUGUCAAAGUAAGAGGUGACUAUGAAGUAGUAUUCAAGGUUUUGGAUGAGAACACAGAGGAACUCGGUUGUCUUAAUCUUCGAUUUACUAUCAAACGCAGACACAAAGGAUGGUUAUUCAAGAUCUAG